UCACUCCUUCAACACUGUGCUCUCUUCUUCAAACUCAACAACAAUGCUUUCUCUCAAACUUCUCCUAAUUUCCACCGCCGUUAUUUUCACUGCCUUGGGAUUCAAAUCCUCUCUUCCACUAGCCACCACAAACCUCCAUCUCCUAUGGACUUUCUUCCUUCUCUGCUUAACUCCUCCAUAUCUCUUCUUUACCGUCAACACCAUCAUCAUCCUCAUCCUUGUUUCCUCCAAAUUCCAUCAUUCCAACGCCCAACCAAACCAUCCAAUUCUGGACCCCACCAUUCCUGACCAUUCAUCCACGUCCAAAGAUCAACAAGUUGGAGAAGUGACGAAAGAAAUCGACCUCGGAAAUUCGCUACCGGAGAUGAUAAACUCGCCGGAUAAUCUACCACCGAUGAUCAAUAAACCUCUCGUUUCAUCGAGGUGCAUUCACCGGAAGCCUCUUAAAUUUAACCCCGAAGGUGGGAAAGCGUUGAAGGUGGCGGCGAAGCAAAAACGGCACGAGACGUUGGAGAACACGUGGAAAACGAUAACGGAGGGUCGGUCAAUGCCGUUAAGUAGACACGUGAAGAAGUCUGACACGUGGCAAAACCGUUAUGAAGUGGACCCGCAUCAACCAGAAGAUUCUGUUAGAGAUUUCAACUUGAACAAGACUACUGUGAGGUUGAGAAAAGAACCGUCGCUGAGUCAAGACGAGUUGAACAAACGAGUGGAAGCGUUUAUAAGAAACUUCAAUCACCAAAUGAGGUUGCAAAGAGAAGAAUCGUUAUUAAAUAAAUCACUACCAGAAUAUGAUUAACCGUGGUGCAAGUUAAAUUAACCUAUAUGUUUAAAAAAUACAGGAAAAAAACGUGUAAAUUUUAUAAUAGUAGGGGAUUUCAUUUAGAGUAAUAUUACAUCGUAUUCGUAUUUAUAUCUAGGCAUUUUUUAUUUUUUAUUUUGUUGUGCAUGUGAGUUUAGGUAAGAUAAUAGUCAAAGUGUUUAUACCUUAUGGUUCACGUGAGAUGAACGUGGAUAAAGUUCCAGCAUGUAUAUUUCUGUCAAGAAACAAAAUACAGAAUGUUUUUAGGGACAUCGGAAUAAUUGUUGUUCGUGUUUGUCUCUAGUUAAUUGAAUGAAUGGAAGACUGUGAUUAUGAAUGCAAGAACCGGAGGAUCAGUAGCACGUCCACCACACAAAACAUUCAAUAUUAUGAGAUCAUGUUAAUUAAAAUAGUUUUUUUUAUCAAUUAAUUAAAAUAAAGUUAAAAUUGGAUAAAGUCGCUAUUUUCUCUUUCAAACAAAAUAAAGAUAAUUUUAUCAAUUUUGACAUGGUGAGGACUAGGUUACCCCAUCAAAACUAAGGGUAAAUUACCCAUAUUUAGAUAGACAAAUAAGAUUAUGCCAUUUGUAUUUCUUUUUAAAUAUUAAUAAUAAUAAUAAUUUUAUCAGAUAUUUUAAUUAUAUAUUUUUAAUUGUUUUUAUCUUUAAUAUUAUUAUACUUUGUCUAUUUUACCCUUUAAUUUAAAUAAAAAAAGAGUUAAGAUCUUCUAUUUUGUAUUGAUUGAAAAUCAAAUGCGUUAACUUUUUCCCCCUUCCACCAUGUUACCGAUUGAAAAUCCCUAACAACCUCUCCUUCCACUGUGUUUCCAAUCUGAAA